GCGAGGCGCGGAGGUCCCUGUAGCUUGGAGACGCUGCGGGGCCUGCCCGCGACUGACUGGACGGAGCCGUUGCCCGCUAUCAUGGCCGAGACUGACCCCAAGACUGUGCAGGAUCUCACCGCUGUGGUACAGACACUGCUUCAACAGAUGCAAGACAAAUUUCAGACCAUGUCUGACCAGAUCAUUGGAAGAAUUGAUGACAUGAGCUGUCGCAUUGAUGACCUGGAGAAAAAUAUUGCAGACCUCAUGACACAAGCAGGAGUGGAAGAAUUGGAAGGAGAGAACAAGAUGCCUGCUACUCACAAGAGUUAAAGUUGCCAGUAAUUUAAGAUGAACGCUGGAAUACACUCUUUUUUUUACAAAUCCACAGGAUUACAGAACAGUUUUUUGCAACUAGUGUAUGUUAAAGCAUUUUAUAUGGUUAUAGAGCUUGCAUUCUUAAUGUAUAUUAUAUAGCUAGAUUUAGGUUAGUAUAUUUUGAUUUGUGUAAUGUAGUUCCACACUUUUUGAAUUCUUGUUAUAAGGAUCAAUUGUAUUAAACACACACACACACACACACUUGAUGGCUCUUAACUAAAACUACUGAAUUUGAGCGGAUUUUUUUGUGAAGACAUUUUUAUUUACUAUACUUUUCUAAUAAUUUCAUUUUGAUGGCUAAAAAAUCUAGUGAUUUUUGUCAAAUUGAAAAAACUACUUGUUGUUUUGUAACUUCUCACUUUUCAGGAGUGAAGCACAAGAUUGAAAUUGAUUUAUAGUUCUAUUUAGAUAGCGUCAUUAUACCAGUACAAAAUAUUAGUAAUGUUUUUAAUACACCCAGUAAGAAACUCUUGGAUAUUUAAGAUGUUAAGUAUAAAGAAUCAAUUUUUUACUUAUACUCCUAGCAUUACUUUACCUACUGUAUGUGGCUAUGACUAAGAAUUGAAAUAUGACAUAUGAUAGAAACAUCCCUCCAAAGGUAAGCAACCACUGUUGCACAAAUAGGUUAUUCAUUUAUUAAUAAAUCCCAUGAUGAAGGGUUUGUAAUAAUAGCUAAGUCUAAUAACAUUGCAAGACACUACAAUGAAACUCUGCUAAUGUAUGUCCAUCAGCAGUAUCAGAAUUGAAAAAUAUGCAUUGAAGUAAUGGUCUGUUACAAUAAGGCACUGUCUAGGAAAUGCUAGGUACCUGGUCUUUGAACACAAGUCACUGGCUCUCUGUAUGAAACUAAGUUGCUUAGCUGAGAAGCGGCGUAUUCAGGAAUCCUGGGAAAGGAGGAGAUCCAGUUAUCGAGGUUAUAAAAUCCUGCUACUAUGUGAGCAACAAAUAGCUGGGUGUUUUCCUAAUACCCUGUUUUAGAAACUCUGUUUGGUUACCUCUCUCUUAAUUAUACUUUUCUCCAAUUUUUACCUGGUCCUUAAAUUCCAUAGUCAGAGCAUUUGGAAAUCACAAAUGUUUAUCUAAAGAAACUUUCCAUACCAUUUCAAAGAAAAUGGACUCUGAUCAAUGCUAGAAUACUAUAUGACUGCUACAAUACCAUGACUUGUUUGAGAGAUUAAUCUAAACAGCCACUAACAGCAUAAAGCGGAUAUCAGUUAAUGCUGUGAUGAGUGCCUCUAAAUUAACGUCACUGGAAUUAUGAAGGCAAUAUGUAGGUCUGUGACAUUUCUCAAAACAGGGAAAAUUGUAUUGAGUUCAUAGUAAUAUUAAGGAAAAUUGUGAUUGUAGGAAAUGUAUACUGUAUCACCAGCCUUACAUUUGUUGUACUGUCAUUAAAUUAUCUAAUAAAAUUUAAAUGGUAA